ACUCUCCUGGUUAUACUCCAGAGGCUUAUACACGACGGCAAAACAGCGUUCAGUAUUGCUGCCGCUGCGCACGCUGCUGCACAGCCGCAAUUCGCGCUGUCUGUCGCUCCUCCACAUUUUAUAUAUAUAUAUAUUUACGACACAUAUGUAUAUAGUCUAUACACGUAUAAAUGUACACACACGCCUUUCACUGAAAGAGAUUUUUCAAGUCUUUGGGCAGAAAGUUUUUAGUAUACACAUACGUAUACGGAGCAGCACAUCCCCGUGUGCUCUUGUGUGCGUGUGCGCGUAUAUGUGUGCGUGUAUUUGCGUUGCUGCUCGUCCUGCUGCUGCUUCAUAACGUAUAUAUAUGAUACACACAAGUGCACUGCAGCAUCGGAUAUAUAAAUAUACGGUUCUGCCUGGGUAUAUAGUUACACAGUCUGCGGAUUCUGUGUACAAUACACGCAUAUACAGCAAGUAGCAGUUGUGUUUCAAAAGGGGCGAUGGCUGGUGGCGGCUGUACGCUGCUCUACUCGUUAUUAUCGUCCGAGUGAGCUGCUGCUGCCACUGAUACGUGCAUUUUUCCUCGCAUUUUUUUUCACAUUCGCUUCUUCAUUCAUCUGUUAUAGUUAUAAGUGCAUAUAUAGUCGCUACGUGUGUCAGUCGCGCGUUGCAUUGUUGUGUGUGCGAGUGCGCGACCACUGCACUACGCGUAUUACAAAGAGUGCGAUCGUGCAAGUGCGUUUAUCACAUCGAUGUACGUGCAUGUGUGCCGUAGUAGUGCAUUUCGUUGGUGAGACUACAGGUGUGUGUGCGCUGCGCUACGAUACUGCUACUGUGCUGGCAACUGUGAAUGCGAUCUAUCAUAGAUUGUACGUUACAGGUCCGUGUGCUAUCGAUAGAAGAAGAAAAAAAACUAGCCGCAAGUGCAUACAGCGCGCUUAUCUUUGCGCUCCUUGCGACGAAAUUUCGCGCAGAGCCGAGUGAUAUAUCCUGUAUAUCGAAGGAGUGAAGGGAACUGUAGAGAGACUAUAUACUUGUAUACAUCAAAAAGUCACCAGCAGCACCAAAGUUCCUCCAGUAGAAAUACUAUCGAGGUACAUAUGCGAUUAGUUGAGGAGCCGUUCCUGAGAUCACACGCACACGAACACGCGUAGGUCCUUGGGUCGAUAGUCGAAUGAAUACGUUCCGAAUGCAGGACUCAUCGUUCUCAAUAAGGACGACAACGACGACGACGAAUAGAUCCACGCCGAGGUUCCUCGAGCCGCGUCCGAUGCAGCAGCAGCGGCUUUGUCGUCAGUAAAAGUGCUAGACGGCGAGAGCUCUCAAUCUGUAUCGAUCGCUCACACACACGCACACUAACGAGGGCGCUAGGGCCUUGUGUCGUCACGCACACUCGCUAAUCAGCCUUAGCGUAAAUAAUACUCGCGACCGGAAUACACCCCCAGCAAAGCAGCAGCAGCAACAGCAGCAACAGCAGCAGUGGCAUUAGCCGCUAGUCAAUAAAAACUAGGGCAGAAAGAGAAUCGGAAUAGAAAAAAGAAGAGAGAAAGAAAAGAAAAAUGGGUAACUGCCUGAGCUGCCAGAGCGACGUGGAGAAGGAGAAGCCCGAUCGGAUUUGCAAUCCGAGCAUCGAGGCGGUCACGUCGCAGGUCUCGCCAGUGCCCACGCCGCCACCGGACCCGAUCAGACCGAUGCCGCAGAUACCGGACGGCGGCGACGUGCCCACGGCCAAGAUCUUCGUCGCUCUCUACGACUACGACGCGAGGACGGACGAGGACCUGAGCUUCCGCAAGGGCGAGCACCUCGAGAUACUGAACGACACGCAGGGCGACUGGUGGCUGGCGCGCAGCAAGCGCACCCGCCAGGAGGGCUACAUACCCAGCAAUUACGUCGCCAAGCUCAAGUCCAUCGAGGCCGAGCCGUGGUAUUUUCGAAAAAUUAAGAGAAUCGAAGCAGAAAAAAAACUCUUACUUCCUGAAAAUGAUCACGGUGCUUUCUUGAUCCGAGAUUCUGAAAGCAGACACAAUGAUUAUUCCCUUUCAGGUAUGAAAGACUUUUCUCUUUCAGUUCGCGACGGCGACACGGUCAAGCACUACCGAAUUCGACAGCUGGACGAGGGGGGCUUCUUCAUUGCGAGAAGGACUACUUUCAGAAAUCUGCAGGAUCUCGUGGCUUACUACAGCAAGGAUGCCGACGGUCUUUGCGUCAAUUUGUGCAAGCCCUGCGUACAGGUGGAGAAACCCGUGACCGAAGGUUUGAGUCACAGAACGCGGGAUCAAUGGGAAAUCGACAGAACGAGCCUGAAAUUCGUUCGAAAACUCGGACAGGGACAGUUCGGUGAAGUAUGGGAGGGUCUCUGGAACAACACAACGGCCGUAGCCAUCAAGACCCUCAAGCCCGGUACGAUGGAUCCCAAAGAUUUCCUCGCUGAAGCUCAAAUCAUGAAAAAAUUACGACACGGCAAACUCAUACAACUGUAUGCCGUUUGUACCAUGGAAGAGCCCAUUUACAUCAUAACCGAACUUAUGAGAAAUGGUAGCUUAUUGGAGUAUCUUCAAGGCAAGGGACGAGGAUUGAAGCUUCAACAGCUGAUCGAUAUGUCAGCACAGAUAGCCGCUGGUAUGGCUUAUCUCGAGUCGCAGAAUUACAUUCAUCGAGAUUUGGCUGCUCGAAACGUUCUCGUAGCCGAUGGUAAUGUCGUAAAAAUUGCCGACUUCGGCUUAGCUAGGCUAAUUAAAGAAGACGAAUACGAGGCGCGAAUCGGCGCGCGUUUCCCCAUCAAGUGGACUGCUCCAGAGGCCGCCAACUACAGCAAAUUCAGCAUCAAGUCCGACGUUUGGUCUUUCGGUAUUCUGCUGACGGAACUCGUUACUUACGGAAGAAUACCUUAUCCUGGAAUGACAAAUGCCGAGGUUCUUCAUCAAGUCGAGCAUGGCUAUCGUAUGCCAUGUCCGCCUGGUUGCCCCUCGAAUCUUUACGACAUCAUGAUAGAGUGCUGGAACAAAGACCCGAUGAAGAGACCGACCUUCGAGACCCUGCAAUGGAAGCUCGAGGACUUCUUUACUAUGGAGGGCUCCGAGUAUAAAGAGGCAUCGGCUUACUGAGUAAUAGCCGCUGCGAGUUUGCUCUAAAGAGUGAGCUGCGCAGUUUUCUUUUUAGUGAUCGCGGUGCUCGCCCGAAAAACUGAGCUACCAGUUUUAACGGAAUAUCACCGUGAUUGUGCAUUUAUGGAUUGCGUUACGUUAAAUAUUAACUUGAAUGACCGCAAGAAUGAUGAAUUUAAAUUUGACGACAUUUUUACGUACUAGUCGCUCUUGAAUUUCACGUAAGUUAUGCAGUUAUUGAUGUUAUCUAAUGAAGCCUGGAGAUUACGUUUUUAAGAAAACGAAAAUUAAAAUUUAGCUGAAUAACAGUUAAUACUUACUCUCAUUAUAUUAGUUAGCCUUUUUCUAUACCUCGGCCAUUUUCGAUUUCAAUAAAUACCAAUAUUUAUUAUGAAUUUAUAAAUAAUAAAUACGAGACACGCACAAUCACACUAAUACACGUACGCGCGUACAAAUCGGACAAAGCAAUCCAGUACAAAUUUUGAUUUUGAAUUAUAAAUAUACACUAUGUCUUAUGUUUUAAGAAUCGACCAUAAAAAUAAUGGAGCGAUCUGAUGUGUGUUCUAAUUAAAAAUUCCCUAGUAACUAAUUAACUUCUCUUAUGUACCUAGUGCAUUGUAAAUAAUUAAAAUUUUUGUUAACAAUAACAACUCGGGCGAAGGAAUUAUUAUAUUAUACUAUAAUUAAAAAUUUUAAUACUGUAGUUAAAUGUAAGCAAACUCCUACGGGAACAUUCAAUUUAGUUAUUUUAUAACGUGUAAAAUGUUAAAUUGAAUGAAAAAAAUGAAUUGAAUCACCUCUCUUUUGCUAUCAAUAUUGAUUAUUCAUAGCAAAAAUAGAUUGAUCAUGAAUCUCGAUCAUCAUCAUUGAUAUUGUUGAAAUCGAAAUGAAGCCAUUAUUGGUAAGCUUUUUUGUGAAGGGAAGUGCUAUCAAAAUAAAUGGUCAUUGAUGUUUUAUUUAAUAACGUUACGUAUAUCGUUUAUACUUUAGAGCCAACUUAUGACCGAAGAAAAGAAAACUGUGUAUUGUACUCUGAAGAAGAAAAAAAAUUCGCAAAUUUAUUCUUUAUCAAUUUUACUCUUUGGGGUAUAACUUGUAUGAAUGAGAAUAACAAUUCAAUAAUGAAUCUAUGAUUUGCUAGAUUUUUUAUGUCACAUCAACUAGUACAACAGCUGUACCGUGCUAAGCAUACAAUGAACGCUUUUCUCGCGAUCGGACUGACAAUGUGCAUGAUUUUUUUGCGUGCAAAGUUGUAAUGCGUGUGCUCAAAUAAAGUAGAGCUUUUCAAUACGUUUUGAAUCUAUGUAGAACAAAGUUUGUGAUAUUUUACACAAUGAAAAAAGUACUAAGGUGACACUAAGUUGCAGACCUAGUGAUUAUUAUGACGUUUAGUGAAGUGUGGUACCAUGUAUUUUAUUUUGAAAUAUUUUUUUAUUUUUAUUGAGGUAAUACUUUUAAUGUUAUUUUUUAUUAUUAAUUUAUGGUUACAUCAUUAUAUAAUUUUAUUUGUUCAUUAUCAUAUUCUGGCUGCCAUAUGAAAAAAUGGAGAUAGAAGUAUCAUACGGUUUCACUACGUUAACAUUGGUACUCAACGUUUAUUACAAUUAUUAAAAUACUUUGACACAAAAUACAUUUUAGAUAUUGUUACUCAUGAUUAAAAAUUCUUCGUAAAAUUCAUCUUAGUAGUAUCUAUGAUUUUAAAUUCAGUGUAUAUUAAAGCAAUUAUUUAUACCCGAUUCUCAGUAAACUGCAAUUAGAUUUAGUUGGAAAUAGUUGCAUAAGUACAAUAUUCUUCAAAAGUAUGGUAAAAAAUUUUUCGUAUCAAUUGUUUUUUUUACCAAUACUUUAACAAUGAUUUUACUAUUUUGGUACUCUGAAACUCUUAAGCUAAUGAAAAAUAAAGUAAUUGCCAACUUUAUUUUGGCAUAAAUAUUCGUGUUUAAAAAACUCGCCUUUGAUUAUGUAAAAUUAUUAAAGCUGGUCUCUACUGAAUUGCUCGACUAGUAUGUGCUUUCCUAUUUGUCAUUAUUCAAGGGUAUGGCCUAAAUGGAAUAAUAUUUUUUAGAGAAAAGUUUGCUAGAAUGUUUCAUGCAGGGUAUCGAGCAUGAUGAAUCAGUUAUAAUUUCUUAGCUUUCUUUCAUGCCAGACAUAGCUUUGUAAAUAUUUAACAUGCGUUCAAGUGAGAUUUGUAAAAAUUAAAAUAUAUAUUUACUAAAGAAGUAAAAAAAUAUUUAUUAACAAAGAUAAAUCAUCUUCAUCAAAAUAAGAUUGUCUAUUGCGUAUAUAAUAACAUUGAUUCUAAACUUGACAUUGGUAUUUCCGAAUAUUUUACCAAUGUACAGGAAAUAACGUAAAUUUAUUCAAAUAUCGCAAUAAUAAAAUUUUUUAUUAUAACAUUUAGCGUUGAUUGCCAACCCUUAAUAAUGAAAUUUUAGUACUGUAUUUACAUGUGUCGAAUAUCUAAAUAUUAAGUUACUGUAAGAAAAAUAGUCAUUAACAAUAAUACUAAUGGUAGUGAUAAAGAUAAAAAAAUCAUUAAAAGCCUCCAUUUUAAACAAGAAUCAUGAUGAUGAAUGUCUGGAAAGUGUUUGUAUAAUUGUAAGAAAAGUGUAAUUAAUUGUUAAGCUUUUACUGAGCGAAUAUGAUUCCAAUGUAUUUUAUUUUUUUAUGUUAAUUGUAUUUCGUAAGCUACGCAAAGUUAUAAAUUACUUCUCGCACGUAAAACUUCAUUUUUUUUGUUGCUGUUAAAUUACUGCUUGUAAAGGAGUUGCUGGCUCUUUUCAUACAGUUAAUUUGCAUACUUGUAAUCAUAAGAUAUUGUAAAUUCUAAUUCGUUUGUAGUAAAUAUCAUUUCAUAAUAAACGACUACGAGAGAUUUUUAUUCUAAUUCGAUGUAUGAUUGUGAAAAUGUUAGCUGUACUCUAAAUUAAUCUAAUGUUUUACAAUGAUGUAAAUUAGAUAAUUUUGUACUUUUCGCCUUGUUACUUCUGAAAGAAUCGUCUCGGAAAAUAUGAAAAGUGACGACGAAAGUGACAUUUAAGGGUUGAUCGGGACCAUCCCGUAACGAGUCUUAAAAAUUGAACAGCAAGAUGAAAUGUCAAUUUUCCAAUGUAAUUAUCUUGUGCGUCGUAAUUUUUUUUUAUUAUCGACUGUAACAUAAACUACUGUUUAUUAAAUCAA